UCAGAAUGACUGCUCAAGUUACCCUGGAAGAUGCUUUGUCCAAUGUCGAUCUCUUGGAAGAAUUACCACUGCCAGACCAACAGCCAUGUAUUGAACCCCCUCCAUCAUCCUUGCUUUAUCAGCCCAAUUUCAACACCAAUUUUGAAGACAGGAAUGCAUUUGUCACAGGCAUUGCGAGAUACAUCGAACAAGCAACUGUUCAUUCUAACAUGAAUGAAAUGUUGGAAGAAGGCCAAGAGUAUGCCAUUAUGCUCUACACGUGGAGGAGCUGCUCAAGAGCCAUCCCUCAGGUGAAAUGUAAUGAGCAGCCAAACAGAGUGGAAAUUUAUGAAAAAACUGUUGAAGUUCUGGAACCAGAGGUCACCAAACUGAUGAAUUUUAUGUAUUUUCAGAGAAAUGCAAUUGAAAGAUUCUGUGGUGAAGUGAAGCGCUUGUGCCAUGCAGAGAGGAGAAAGGAUUUUGUAUCUGAAGCCUAUCUGAUCACUCUUGGAAAAUUUAUCAACAUGUUUGCUGUUUUAGAUGAGCUGAAAAACAUGAAGUGCAGUGUGAAGAAUGACCAUUCAGCCUAUAAACGAGCUGCCCAGUUUCUGCGUAAAAUGGCCGAUCCUCAGUCUAUCCAAGAAUCCCAGAACCUCUCCAUGUUCCUCGCUAAUCACAACAAGAUCACACAAUCUUUACAGCAACAACUUGAGGUUAUUCCUGGAUAUGAAGAACUGCUUGCAGAUAUUGUGAAUUUAUGUGUAGAUUAUUAUGAAAACAAAAUGUAUCUAACACCUAGUGAGAAGCACAUGCUCUUAAAGGUAAUGGGCUUCGGCUUAUACCUGAUGGAUGGCAGUGUCAGUAACAUCUAUAAGCUGGAUGCCAAGAAAAGGAUAAAUCUGACCAAGAUUGACAAAUUUUUUAAGCAGCUACAAGUAGUUCCCCUGUUUGGUGACAUGCAGAUCGAACUGGCAAGAUACAUUAAGACUAGCGCCCACUAUGAAGAAAACAAAUCCCGAUGGACAUGCACAUCUUCCAGCAGUAGUCCCCAGUACAACAUCUGUGAACAGAUGAUCCAGAUCAGAGACGAUCACAUGCGCUUUAUUUCAGAACUGGCUCGUUACAGCAAUAGUGAGGUGGUGACUGGAUCAGGCCGCCAGGAAGCUCAAAAAACGGAUGCAGAAUAUCGAAAACUCUUUGAUCUUUCUCUCCAAGGUUUACAACUUCUGUCUCAGUGGAGCGCUCAUGUUAUGGAAGUGUAUUCGUGGAAACUAGUACAUCCAACUGACAAAUACUCUAACAAAGAUUGCCCAGAUAAUGCAGAAGAAUAUGAAAGAGCAACGAGAUACAAUUACACCUGUGAAGAAAAGUUUGCUCUUGUUGAGGUUAUUGCAAUGAUCAAAGGUCUACAGGUGUUGAUGGGCAGGAUGGAAAGUGUCUUCAAUCAUGCUAUUCGUCAUACUAUCUAUGCUGCUCUCCAGGACUUCGCUCAGAUUACGCUUAGAGAACCAUUAAGACAAGCUAUCAAAAAGAAGAAGAACGUUAUCCAAAGUGUUCUCCAGGCCAUCAGAAAGACAGUUUGUGAUUGGGACGGCGGACAUGAACCAUUUAAUGAUCCAGCAUUGAGGGGAGAGAAAGAUCCAAAAACCGGCUUUGAUGUCAAAGUCCCAAGGCGAGCGGUGGGGCCCUCCAGUACCCAGCUUUAUAUGGUGAGAACCAUGUUAGAGUCCCUCAUUGCUGACAAGAGUGGUUCCAAGAAAACCUUGAGAAGCAGCCUUGAGGGGCCCACAAUAUUGGACAUAGAAAAAUUCCACCGAGAGUCUUUCUUCUACACUCACUUGAUAAAUUUCAGUGAAACCCUGCAGCAGUGCUGUGACUUAUCCCAGUUAUGGUUCAGGGAGUUCUUCCUGGAAUUGACAAUGGGGAGAAGAAUCCAGUUCCCCAUUGACAUGUCUAUGCCCUGGAUUUUGACUGACCACAUUUUGGAAACCAAGGAAGCAUCGAUGAUGGAAUACGUCCUGUAUUCUUUGGACCUUUAUAAUGACAGUGCUCAUUAUGCUCUCACCAAAUUCAAGAAGCAGUUCCUUUAUGAUGAAAUUGAGGCUGAGGUCAACUUGUGCUUCGACCAGUUUGUCUACAAGCUUGCAGACCAGAUAUUUGGGUACUACAAGGUUAUGGCAGGAAGCCUGCUUCUAGAUAAACGAUUAAGAUCAGAGUGCAAGAAUCAGGGAGCAACGAUUCCCUUGUUAACAUCCAAUCGAUAUGAAACACUUCUAAAGCAGAGGCAUGUGCAGCUUCUUGGUCGAUCGAUAGAUCUGAACCGUCUGAUCACUCAGCGAAUUUCAGCAGCCAUGUACAGAUCAAUGGAACUUGCAAUCAGUCGCUUUGAGAGUGAAGAUCUGACCUCUAUUGUUGAAUUGGAUGGAUUGGUAGAAAUAAACAGGAUGACACACAAACUUUUAAGCAGGUAUAUGACUUUGGACAGUUUUGAUGCCAUGUUCAGAGAAGCCAACCAUAAUGUGUCGGCACCGUAUGGAAGAAUCACACUUCACGUCUUCUGGGAGCUCAAUUAUGAUUUCCUUCCAAAUUACUGCUACAACGGCUCCACUAACAGGUUUGUUCGAACAGUAUUGCCAUUUUCCCAAGAAUUCCAGAGAGAUAAGCAACCUAAUGCACAGCCCCAGUAUCUACAUGGAUCCAAGGCUUUAAAUCUGGCAUACUCCAGCAUUUAUAGCAAUUACAGGAACUUUGUGGGUCCCCCUCAUUUCAAAGUCAUAUGCAGACUCCUAGGAUAUCAAGGCAUUGCUGUAGUUAUGGAAGAACUACUGAAAGUUGUCAAAAGUCUGCUACAAGGCACAAUUCUGCAAUAUGUGAAGACCUUAAUGGAAGUGAUGCCAAAAAUCUGUAGGUUGCCCAGACAUGAAUAUGGUUCCCCAGGGAUUCUGGAAUUUUUUCAUCAUCAGUUGAAGGAUAUUGUUGAGUAUGCAGAACUGAAAACUGUGUGUUUCCAAAAUUUGCGGGAAGUAGGAAAUGCUAUACUCUUCUGCCUCCUCAUUGAGCAGAGUCUGUCACUAGAGGAAGUGUGUGAUCUGUUGCACGCGGCUCCGUUCCAGAACAUCUUACCAAGAGUUCACGUCAAAGAGGGUGAAAGGCUUGAUGCUAAAAUGAAGAGACUGGAAUCAAAGUAUGCUCCACUACACCUUGUUCCACUUAUUGAAAGACUAGGAACACCUCAGCAAAUUGCCAUAGCAAGAGAAGGAGAUUUGUUGACCAAGGAGCGUCUCUGCUGCGGGCUGUCCAUGUUUGAAGUCAUUUUAACCAGGAUUCGGACCUUCCUCGAUGACCCAAUCUGGCGCGGCCCUCUCCCCAGCAAUGGUGUGAUGCACGUGGAUGAAUGUGUAGAAUUUCACCGCCUGUGGAGUGCAAUGCAGUUUGUGUACUGUAUUCCUGUGGGUACACAUGAAUUUACUGUGGAGCAGUGUUUUGGAGAUGGGCUGCACUGGGCUGGCUGCAUGAUUAUAGUACUUCUGGGGCAGCAGCGUCGAUUUGAUGUGCUGGAUUUCUGCUACCAUUUACUGAAAGUACAGAAACAUGACGGCAAAGAUGAGAUCAUAAAGAAUGUGCCUUUGAAGAAAAUGGUUGAAAGGAUCCGAAAAUUCCAGAUCCUGAAUGAUGAGAUCAUUACUAUAUUGGACAAAUAUUUGAAGUCUGGCGAUGGAGAAGGCACACCAGUGGAACAUGUCCGUUGUUUCCAGCCUCCCAUUCAUCAGUCCUUGGCCAGUAACUAG